AUGUCAGACAACCAGCUUCUAGAUCUUGCUACUCCGCCAGCGUGUAUUGCAGAUUUCUGCUUGAUACCGCUGGGCACACCCACCGCUUCCGUUUCCAAAGAGGUCUCUCAAGUCCAACGCCUACUCAAGAAGAGCGGUCUCGUGUAUCACAUGCACUCUGCUGGAACAACAGUCGAGGGUCCAUGGGACGAUGUUAUGCGAGUGAUUGGCCAAGCACAUUCAUUGCUGCAUGAAAAUGGCGUGGUAAGAAUCCAGAGCGAUAUCAGAGUCGGUUCGAGGACAGACAAGAAGCAGACGGCCGAAGACAAGGUUGCAGCUGUCAAUGCCAUUCUGGAUAAGGACGAGUAA